AUGGCCUUUCACUUGAGCAUAACCUUAGCCAUUGUUGCUUUUGCUUUAUCUUCUGCUUAUGCCUAUGACCCAAGUCCUCUCCAAGACUUCUGUGUUGCGUCAAAUGACCCCAAAGCUACAAUUUUUGUGAAUGGUAGGGUAUGCAAAGACCCUAAACUUGUCACAUCAGAUGAUUUCUUCACCUCAGGGCUCAAUACUGCUAAAACUCCAACAUUUGCAGGUUCAACAUUCAGUGCGGCUAGUAUUAACGAAAUUCCAGGACUCAACACACUUGGUCUCACUUUGAUUCGCAAUGAUUUUGAACCGGAUACCGUUACACCACCCCACAUACAUCCUCGAGCAACUGAGUUGGCCCUGAUCUUAGAAGGAUCGCUCUACUUUGGGUUUGUUACCACUGAUCCAAGUGACCGGACAAAAAAUCGUGUCUAUGCGAAAACCUAUAAUGCCGGAGAUGUUUUUGUUAUACCACAAGGCCUUAUUCACUUCGGUCUCAAUGUUGGAUCUGGAAACGCAACUACUAUUGCAAUUUUCAAUAGUCAAAGUCCUGGGUUUAAUUUUGUACCGGAUUCACUAUUUAGAUCAAACUCAUCCAUCUCAGAUGAUGUAUUGUCUAAAUCUUUUCGAGUAGAUAAGAAAGUAAUUAAACAAAUUAGAUCUCAAUUUUCUUAG